AUGGCUGUGCACACACCGCUGCCCCCCAACCUCCGCCGGGGCUUGGUGGCCUUCAGCGGCUCCCUCUUCAUCGACAACAAGACACAGGACAGCGGCGCUGCCCAGAGGUGCAGCCCAGCCCAUGAGCUGCUGGCCAGCCUGCCCCUCCAGAUGAUGCUCUACUUCAAUGUCUGCUACUUCCCGGUCUGGUGCCUGGCGGAGGGGAUGAUGCUGCAGCUGAAGUAUCAGCUCCUGCCUGGGCACUACCAGUUCCUCUUGGUCGCCACCUUCCUCAUCCUCUUGCUGGCCGAGGGCUCACGCCUCUACCUGGGCUACAUGGGGAACCUGCAGGAGAAGGUGCCCGAGCUGGCUGGGUUCCUCCUGCUCUCCUCCCUGAUCCAGCUCCCGCUCCUGCUCUUCCUGCUGACGGACGGCCGCGUCCUGUGCCUGCCGCUGGAGCUGGCGGUGCACAGCCUGCUCCUGGCCUUCCUCCUGUCCGAGAUCGCGGCUGCCUUCCUGGCGCUGCGGACCACGAGCAAGCAGCUGGCAGCACAGUUCUACCUGCAGCAGUGGGAGGAGGGCGGCCAGGGCCUGCCGGAGCAGGCAGCCGGACAAGGACCCUGCUGCAGGACCCCCCCAGCCCAUGCUGUCUGCCCCAGCAGGGAGAAUUAA